UGUCACAUGUCACCAUAAACAAGCUGCAGUUUGACACCUUCCCUGUCGCGCAGCGGCUCGCGCUGGUCAGCAGCGAUCUCUGGUCCAGCAGCAGACGAACGGCAAUGGCGAGCGGUGACAGUCAGGCAGCUUUUGAUUCGUGGCUCAAUAAGGCCACCGACCCAAAUAAUCAAGAGGACCAAUGGGAUUCUAUUCAGCACUUCUACCAGCUUGUCAACCAAGAGACUGACGGGCCACAGGUUGCCAUUCGUCUUCUUGCCCAUAAGAUUCAGUCCCCACAGGAGAAAGAGGCUCUGCAGGCCCUCACUGUUCUUGAGGCUUGUAUGAACAACUGUGGAAAGAGGUUCCACACUGAGGCUGCAAAGUUUCGUUUUCUCAAUGAACUCAUCAAAGUCUUAACACCAAAGUACUUUGGUGCAUGGACUCCACAGAAAGUUAAAGACAGGGUGACGGAGGUCCUCUAUGGCUGGACGCUCUGGCUUAAAGAGGAACCCAAGAUUCAGGAAGCCUACAGUAUGCUGAAGAAACAAGGAAUUGUAAAGAAAGACCCCAAACUGCCAGAUACUGUUAUUAUGGCUCCUCCUCCACAAAGAACCACAGAGUCUGUGUUCGACCAGGAGGACAAGGCCAAGCUGUUAGCAAGAUUACUUAAGAGUGGCCGUCCAGAGGACCUGGAAACUGCUAACAGGCUCAUUAAAAGCACCAUUAAAGAGGAGCAGGAAAAGACUGAGAAAGUGUUGAAGCGGGAGUCAACUCUGAAGGAGGUGGAGAGCAGCACUAAGCAGUUCAAAGAGCUACUGAACCAGAACACAGCUACUGGAGCUUCGCUGCAACCCAGUGAUGAUGUGAAGGCUCUGUAUGAGAAAUGUGACCGGCUGAGGCCGAGCUUGUUUCGGCUGGCCAGCAACACGAUGGACGAUGAUGCAGCUCUGGCACAGAUCCUGGCAGCAAAUGACGAGCUAACGCUUGUAGUGAAUGCUUACAAAGACCUGACUGGGAGAGGAGAGUGUAACGGAGGAAAAACAAGAAGUAGAAGUGAAGAAAUCACAAGUAGAAAUAUCUCUUCUACAAGCCAUAGAGAAAUUAAGAGCUACCACCUAAUCGAUCUGUCAGCACUGGAUUCUCCGCAGUCCCACAGAAAAGCUGGUUCACCACCUACAUUUGAAUCCUCUUCACCAAUCUUCUACUCUCAUUUGGAAAACCCUGUCUUCUCAGAGGCUGAGCAGAACCUAAAUGAAUUAGAAUUUGAUAAUAUGGUCUCAAAUCAGACUGAAGAGAAUUCAAAAUCCUAUUUUGAGGAACUUAUGCAGAUUAACAAAGACACCCAGAUAACGAAUGCUGAGCAGAAUGGUGGCAACGGGGUUUUGCUGAGAGCCCGUGGAUGUAUGGGAAGCAGUGCUUCAUCAAAUGGAACAAACACUUGGUCAUUGCCUCACAUUCAGCAGUUCACAGAGUCAGCGUCACUGAAACAACCAAAUGAAGUCUCUGGAUUUCCACUGAAAGUGGAGGAGAACUCUUCUCUCUCUCAGUCACUGAAGAAUGUCUUCGUACCAUUGGAAACCAUCAAAUCCAGUCUGCUGGAGCCAGUCACAGUGUACAAUCGGGCCGGAAUCCAUGUGUCACUUCAUUUUGCCAGGGACUGUCCACCUGGUCAUCCAGGUGUGGCUGUGAUUGUCAUAUCCACAGUUAACACAUCUGCCCUUGAUGUGAAAGAUUUCAUGUUUCAAGUCGCCGUUCCAAAGACCAUGCAAGUGAAACUUCAGCCUGCCUCCAGGACAAACCUUCCUCCUUACAACCCGCUCUUGUCUCCACCUGCAGUUUCACAGGUCAUCCUGUUAGCUAAUCCUCAGAAUCGGAUGGUUCGUCUACGCUACAAACUGACUCUGAAACAUGGAAACCAGCUGGUAAAUGAGACCGGAGAGAUUGACAGCUUCCCUGACUGGAGUUCUUUGACUGGCCAAUAAAAAAGCCACAUAUUUAAGCUCAGAGUCAAACUCUGUACUGGACCUGAAAUCUGGUUGAGGUAGAGUAAUGUAAACACAGGGAAAAUGGAAACACUCCACUGAAAGCAGAAGGUCUUCAUAAAAUAACAUCAAACAGCCACUUUUGUUUGUUUCAGUGAAAGCAGUUAAGUGUCAACUGCAUUUUGCAAAUAAAAUGUCAGAUUGUUCUAAUAGAACUUCAUGCAAUGCAAAACCAGUCAAUGCAAAUUAUAAACCAGUUAACUUGUUUUUAUCCUAUUUUAAGAAACAAACUGAACCAGGAGAACAAAACUGUUAAAGCUGUGACUGCAGUCAGUUCGCUGCAGGGUUGUGUAUUACAGCACAGUCGUUCUUACAGUGGUUUCUGAAGCCUGUGUAUGUUUCCCAUCAUUUUUCUGAAAAGUAGACGUUGGUGAUGAUCAAGUUUAGUAUAUACUGUGAAAGCUCUUUAAGCUCUCAAAGUCUAAAGACAUAUUUGUUGUCGAUAAUGGUUAUGGGCCUUGGAAUCCUCAGGUUGUUGUCAGCACAGUGCAUAUACAGUGUUUACAAAUAACUGCAUCUGUAUAUGCUGACACUAUACUGGUUACAUGUGUGAAAAGAAGAAUCUUUUAUUUGCUUUGUGUAUUUUUAACAUUCAAAACUCACAAAGUGCCUUGAGAUAAAAUGUUAAAGAUUAUUUUAUCGUGUAUUUAUUUUACAAAUGAGGUUUCCUUAAAGAGUGAAAGUUGUUUUUCUUUAAGUCAUCGACUUGAUGACUGUUGUAUUAUAAUUAAAUUUCAGUUCAUUUCAAACAAUUCCAGGAAAAGUGUUUGUUAGUUUAAUUAAAUAAUGACUAAACAUCCUACAGUAGGAUUUCAGCUGUAUAUCAGUUUGAGCUACCCUUUGUUCUUUUUUUCAUAAAGAAACAAUCAUUUAUCCUGUGGCAACAAUCAGGGUUCGAAUUACAGGAGAGCUAAGGGGAGCUUGGCUCCCCUGAAAGGCAGAGGAGCUCCCCUAAAGAGAUUAAGCUGAUUCGUUUGGGGGAACCCUAAAAAUCUUCCAAGCAACGCUGAUGAUCCGUUCUGUUUCCUUCAGCACCGUGGACAGCCAGCAUUGUUUGUCCGUUGUGGUUCUGUGGUUAAAGAACACUCCAUCAAUGUUUCUGUUUAAACAAGCUGCAUACAGUAGUUUUUUUAAUAGUAACCAUAUUUUUGACUGCACUACGUGCACUAAUAGAAAUGCGAGUGCACAUGACGUGUGAAGCUGCGGUGCACGUGCCAAAAUAAGGCUCCCCGAAAGCCCCAGUUCGAGCCCUGGCAAAAAUGUACAAGAAUGUUAAAAGUUAGAUUCAAAGUUCAAAACUACAACAAUGGGUCUUUUCAUUUCUCUAACUUUUGUAAAAUGUAUAAAAAAUUUUAAAUGGUCAUAACUUUAAUAAAGAUUUUUCAGCUAUAAUAUUG